AUGGCAGUAUAUCGACAACAAGUGGAGGAAAGUCAUCAUGACUUGGUCAAUUUAUUGACUCAGCAAAUGACUACAAUUCUGAAUCCCAUGAUGGCUGAUCAUGAAUCAAAAUUCAAGCGUCUUACUAGACAAGUCGAGAGGAUUGCUCGAAUUGUUGAUUAUGAUGAAGGUGAGAGGCAUAAUGCCAGGGGAAAUAACGAAGGAAUGAAAAAUAUUUUUCAAAAUGAAAACCAUAUUCCGAAUCGAGAAAAUCCUCACGUGGUUCCCCAAGGUCAAAAUGCUGAUGACUUUUUAGCUAGAUUGCGUGGUGGUGAACGCUAUCAGGUUACUAGAAUUGUAGAAGAAGUAUUAAAUCGGGUUGGAUUGAAUGUUGGUUUUAUGAACCAACCGCAUUUUGUAUCUGCUUUUCCCCAAGUAGUUCAAAUGGCAGAAGUGCCGAGAGGGGUGAAAAAUCCAAAAAUAACUACAAAAUUUACUGGUGAAGUUGGAGAAUCAACUACUGAACAUGUUGCUCGUUAUUUGGUUGAGAUUGGGAAUUUAGCUAAUGAUGAAAAUUUAAAAAUGAAAUUUUUUCCUUCGUCAUUGACGAAGAAUGCAUUUACUUGGUUCUCGAAUCUUAAACCAAAUUCGAUUACAACAUGGAAUCAGUUAGAAACUGCCUUUCACGCUCAGUUCUAUCGAGGUGAAAUGAACAUAACUGUUACUGAUUUAGUGGCUUUGAAAUGUGAAGAUGGUGAGACUAUUGAUGAUUGUUUAAUACAUUUCAAAAACGCUAGAAGUAGAUGCUAUGUGUCAUUACCUGAGAAUGAGAUAGUGAAAAUAGCAACUAUGGGGUUGGAAUUCUAUAUGCGCAGAAAAUUGCUUAAUGUGCACAUUCCCGAUUUGGCUCAUCUGGCUGAAAAGGUUCGACAGACCGAACUUAUGAAAAAAGAAAAAGAGAAAUAUAGGAAUGAACAAAGAUCGAAGAGUAAACCUUUUACUCGAAAAGAAAAAGUUGCUUAUGUAACAAUGGAGUCUUCCGAAAAAGAAUUCGAUUUCGAAACAGAAAUCGAUUUGGCCAAGCUUAUGAAAGGCCCUCCUUAUGUUUGUUCUUUGUUGAAGAAAUUGCCAAAUAAACAGUUAAUUUUACCUGAGGGUAGAACUUUGCUUUCUGUGAAAGAUUUAAAAGGAAAGCCUUAUUGUAAGUUUCAUCAAGCAACAAGUCAUUCGACUAAUAGCUGUGUCCGUUUCAAGGACUUAAUUCAAGAAGCAUUAAUGGAAGGACGGUUGAAAUUCGAUGAUGGCAAGAAAGAAAUGAAGGUUGAUGUAGAUCUCUUCGAAGUUGAUGCCAGUUAUGUUGAACCUUGCUUUGGAGUGAACAUAGUGGGCAUGUCCUACGAUUUUGAUGUGGCUCUUGAUGAUUUUGAGUCACAGGCUAUAGGUGUUCAGUGGAUUAGGAAUUGUCAGGAAUUCCAGAGACGUGAUCAUUUGUAUCGGCGUAAUCCGCAGUGGGGCAUCGAGCACCUUCUCGAAAUCAAUAUUCUUAUUAUCGAGGUCAUGCUAGAUGUUACCCACGAGGAAGAGGAGGAAAGAGAAGUUUCAAUCAGAAUAAAAAACUUUCGAUUGAGACAGGCAAGGAACUAA